AUGCUGCUAUGCGGCAUCAUCGACGAGCUGAAUGAGAAGGAACCCGGCGUUUGCCUGUCCUAUUUCUUUUGCCAGGCCACCGAAGCACGACUGAAUAACGCGACGGCUGUGCUCCGUGGCCUGAUCUAUCUUCUCGUCGAACAACUGCCGUCGCUUAUCUCGUAUGUUCGCAAGAAGCACGACCAUAAUAAUUCUUGGGAAGCCUUGUCUCAGAUCCUUACGGCCAUGCUCAAUGACCCGAGCCUGAAUGGUGCUAUCCUAAUCAUCGAUGCCCUCGACGAAUGCAAAACGAAUCGACAUCAGCUUCUUGACUUUAUAAUCCAACCUUCUCCCGUUAAAUGGAUCGUCUCUAGUCGAAACCUGCCAGACAUCGGGGAGAUGCUGAAAAGCGUAAAGCAGAAAGUCACGCUGGACCUCGAGCUGAACACAGACUCAAUUAACAAGGCUGUUGGCACAUAUAUUGGAUACAACGUAGACCAACUGGCACGUACUCACAGAUACGACAAGCAAGAAAGAGACACCGUCAACGCCUACUUGACAUCCAAUGCUGACGGUACCUUUCUCUGGGUAGCCUCGGUCUGCCAGGAGCUCGCACAAUCUGGGAGUAUCGGGAAGCGGAAUCCACUCGCCAGAUUGAAAGCAUUCCCCCGCGGGCUCAAAACGCUCUAUAACCAGAUGGUGGAUCAGAUUGAAGAUUUGGAGGAUGCAGGCCCAUGCAAGGAACUCCUGGCCGUUGCUUCGGUGGUCUACCGACCUAUCACCUUGGAUGAAGUGAAAAUUCUUGCUGAGUCGCUCGCGAACACUGACCGGGACGACUUAGAGAGAAUUAUCGAGUCAUGCGGCUCUUUCUUGACCCUUCAGGGAGGUGUCGUUUACUUUGUUCACCAAUCAGCGAGAGAUUUCCUGCGUAAUCAGGCAUCCGAUCGAAUUCUACCUUCUGGCAUUGCACACCAGCAUGAUGCUCUUUUAUCGAGGUCGCUGAAGGCUCUGCUAGCGGUGCUACGAAAUGACAUCUACGGCCUAAACAAUCCGGGGGUUUUCCUCGAUCAUUCCUCGUCGCCCAUUCUCGGCCCAUUAGCCGCGAUCCGAUACUCUUGCGUCCACUGGGUCGACCAUCUCGUCCACUCGCAUCCCACAAAGAGGACAAAUAACAACAGGCUACAUAACGGUGGCAUCGUCGAUAAUUUCAUCCGACAGAAAUACCUGCAUUGGCUGGAAUCUCUCAGUCUAUUACGCAGUAUGCAGGAGGGAGUCAUAGCAGUCCAUAAGCUUGAGGCCUUAGUAAGAAACACAGAAGAACGACAGCUGGCAGGACUGCUGCAGGAUGCCCGACGCUUUCUUCUUUCCUUCCAACCGGCAAUAGAGAUUGCUCCAUUGCAGGUCUAUGCAUCGGCACUAGUAUUUAGUCCCGAACAUAGUCCCAUCAGAGAGCUUUUCCAGGAGGAAGCGCCGGGCUGGGUGAUAUCGAAACCAACCCUGGAUGCGAAUUGGAACCCUUGCCUGCAGACACUCGAAUACCAUAGCAAGGCAGUGGCGUCAGUUGCGUUCUCAGCAGAUGGCCAGUGGAUUGCAUCGGGGUCGGCUGAUUGUACAGUCAAGAUCUGGGAUGCGGUGACGGGUGAAUGCAAGCAAACAUUGAAGGGCCAUACCUACGGGGUAAUGCCAGUUGUGUUCUCAGCAGAUGGCCAGCGGAUCGCAUGGCGGCCAGGUAAUAAUCGUAUGGCCGAGAUCUGGGAUGUGGCGACGGGGAAAAGCACUUCAGGGGAUAUUACUGACCUUGAUGACGGCAUGAGCAGUUGCGGAACAAGCGAUUAUGGUAUAAGUGGUGAUGGCAGAUGGAUUACGAAAGAUGGAAGGAGUAUUCUAUGGCUACCUCCGGAGUAUAAAGCGACGGUAUUGACUGCGGCGGGAUCAGCAGUCGCUAUCGGCUGCUAUUCAGGUCUUGUAUUGGUAAUUCAGUUCGUUUAGAGUGUAGGUAGGUACAACUGGUUCUUUGAU